UGCCAGAGAAAGGACUUCAACUUUCAAACAAUAUGUACAAUGAUACGAGGGUGGCUUUCCCGUAUCUCAAAGGGAAGACGGCCCAUCCUUGAAACCCUCGGAGGAAGGACGCUGCUACAACAUCCAACUGGUGGCUCAGCGCGAGGAAUCGCAGCAACAUCGCCGACAUGGGCGAAGAAGAUGCCGGACCGGCCACAACCAUUGGAUGAGAGUGAGUUUACAGAGGCAUUCUUGAAAGGCAGUGGACCUGGAGGUCAGAAGAUCAACAAAACAUCCUCUGCCGUGCAACUAAAGCACAUCCCAACCGGUAUGGUCCUCAAAGUACAAGCCACACGAUCGCGUACCCAGAAUAGGAAAAUUGCGAGGCAGAUGCUGGCUGAGAGAGUUGAGGAGCUCGAGAAGGGGAAGGAGAGUCGAGUUGCGGUUGUAGGCGAGACGAAGAGAAAGAGGAAGAGUAGUGCUGUUAAGAAGAGUAAGAGAAAAUAUAGACUGCUGGAUGAGGCGAAGAGGGAGGGUGAGGUGCAGGAGUCAGAGGAGAUCGACUUAGGGAUUAGCAAGGGCGACGACUGAGAAUGGAGACCAUUGGCCAAUUGAUACGCUUCUACUUGAAUAUUGGUUGCAAUCUCCUGAAUCAAAGACUUCUCAGUCUUGUUGCACACAGAUGAUGUCACAUCUGAUCCCCAAUGCGUGUAUGAAUAGUCAUAGA